AUGACCCGUGGACAUGUGAUGCUAGGAAACAAGGUACACAGGUUAAUUAUUAGGCUGGACCAACAGAGAGCACUGCAGUGACCUGGAAUAGCCAAAGAAAUGCAAAAUUCAAAAGAAAAAUGUCACCCCAUGUCAAUGCAGCAAAAGACACAUUGAAAUUAUACAGGUAAAUUCUUGUAUAGCAAUCCCUAAAUGCAGACAUAUAUUGCAAUAUACAGUAAAAAUUCAAAUAAAUUAGAGAGAGGCAGACUAAUUGGUGGGAGUCAGUCUGAGGUAUUCUGCAUAGGGAGUAUAGGAAAAAAAGGGUAAGAAGGGAUAAAAUAGAAAUGUAGUAGUGACAAUAUCCAGACCCAAAAAUGUGAAGCAAAAAUUAGUGCAGCUGUUAGAUACAGCUCCUAAAUCAAAUCACAUAUACAUAAGUGUGUGUGUAUGUAUGUAUGUAUGUGUGUGUGUGUAUAUAUAUAUAUAUAUAUAUAUAUAUAUAUAUAUAUAUAUAUAUAUAUAUAUAUAUAUAUAUAUAUAUAUAUACACACAUAUACACACACAACUGUAAGUACAGUUAGCCGCGUGUGUAUAUACAUAUACACAACCAGCACAACUGGUCCGGCCACAUCCCUGGCCAUAAGAUAUUUAAUUGGAGAGAUUCUAGAGAUUGGGGUAUAUAACCCAGUACAAUAAACGAGUGUUAAUAGAAGUAGUACAUUCUUUAAGGAGAGCAAAAAAAACGGGGCGCAAGAGUAUACUGAGAAUGGACAGCAGCUGAAAAAUCCUGCCCUUCGGUGGGUCCCCGCUCAGAUCUCAAGCUGGUUUUAGCUCCUCUUGUGCCAUUACAGAGAGAACAUAUCUAAAGCAUAUCAGACUGGUCCCACCCAUACGGGCAGUCCAGAUCCGAAAUACAAGCAAGUGCCUUCUGCACGAGAGACACAGCAACCCCAGAUGAUCGUUUCAGCCUUGUUAGGCAUUUUAAUUCAUUCUUUAAUCCACAGGAUAGGAGACAGACCACAAAUGGAUGCAAAAACAACUUACCAACCAGUGGGUACUGUCUGGAGUAUCUAUAGAAACCAGUGCCACUCAAGUUGCUCAUUGAGACCAUGAGGGGACACGGUGUCUAAACAGUACAUCCAGUGAGCUUCUUUCUGGACUACAAUCUUCUCCCUAUUGCCCCUGAGGUGGAACAUGUUCAAGGAUUUGGUAUCUCAAUUGUGAGACAUUCUUUUAUCUCUGAUGUGCAGUGCAACAGGAGUGUCGGAUUUAAUGCUACAAAUAGCAGUUUUGUGCUGUGAGAUGUUAUCUUUGAGAGAGUUAAUGGUUUUACCAACAUAGCUCCACCCACAAGGACACUUUAAGUAGAUAUACAACAAAAUUAGUUUGGCACGUGAAGAAGCCUUUAAGUUUAAUACUCUCGCCCGACCCAGGGUGGGUACGUAUUUCACCUUUAAUAAUGCCACUGCAGUAAUUACAUGACCAGCAAGGAUAUGUACCAUGCACUGGCUUUGAUAGGAACCUUUGUGUCUGUGAAUGUGGCUUAAAUGAGUCUGCCUUGGUAACCAUAUCCCUUAUGGUACGGCCUUUUUUUUAUUUUUUAUUUUUUUAUAUAUUCAGAAACAACUGGCUCCUACUACAACUUAACAAGCAGAUAGGACACCUUUUCACGGACCCCCACUUAUUUGCCUAAAAAAGAGGGCCACAGGCUGGAACCAGCAAGAUGGCGGUGGACCUCAGAUGGGGGUCCCCUCCUCCUCAUUCACUUUGGGGGUGGUUUUGGGAAGGUUAUUUCACUUUUUUCUUAUAAAAUGGUGAGUAUUACAUUGAUGGUUAAGGACAAGAUGCUUUGCCCGAAACAUUUCUAUAGAUGCUUGUUCUUCAAAAGCUGUAGCACUUGUUGCACACACUUGUGGUUGUGCUUCCCUCCUUAUUUUUUUUAAAUUUUGUUUGCAUAUAUCACUGUAGGAGCCACAGUGAUGUGGGAUAGCAGCACCUGUACCUCGUUAUUUUACUGUCUAUUUGAAGUACUGUGGUAACUCAAGCCUCUAUCUUUUUUUCGUGCGAGUUUAGUUUGAAUUGGAAAGUUGUUCACCAGAUGUUUUGCUUUUUGUUUUUCUGUUGAAAACUAGAAUUUUUGUUUUGAUGGACUUUCAUUCCUAAAAUAGUAAAAUAUGUAUUUAAGCAUUUCUCUAGGUAACCUUUUUUUAGAUGGUUUACUAAUCCUGUCUAAAGUGGCUCUUCUAAUAACUAGUCGGAAUAAUCAUAUAAUCUUGCCUACUCCUGGUCGAUACUUUUUGUUGGGCAUAUGUCAGUCUGUUAAAGGACCACUAUAGUGCCAGGAAAACAUACUCGUUUUCCUGGCACUAUAGGGUCUCUAGGUCUCCCCCACCCUCAGGGCCCCCCUACCGCCAGGCUCUGGGGGGUGGAAGGGGUUAAAGUUUACCUGUUUUCCCCCGCCGGGCUCCCUCGGUGCGGGGAACUCUCCUCCUCCUUUUCGGCGUAAUCGGCUGAAUGCGCAUGCGUGGCAAGAGCCGCGCGCGCAUUCAGCCAGUCCAUAGGAAAGCAUUCUCAAUGCUUUCCUAUGGACGCUGGCGUCUUCUCACUGUGAAAAUCACAGUGAGAAGCGUGGAAGCGCCUCUAGCGGCUGUCAGUAAGACAGCCACUAGAGGCUGGAUUAAUCCAUAGGUAAACAUAGCAGUUUCUCUGAAACUGCUAUGUUUACAGCAAAAAGGGUUAAUGCUAGAUGGACCUGGCACCCAGACCACUUCAUUGAGCUGAAGUGGUCUGGGUGCCUAUAGUGGUCCUUUAAGCAAUAUGUUUCUUGGACAGUGGAAUGCUCAGAGCUGUUCAGCAAAUCAGUCUGGUUGCAUAGAUCAAGUGCUCUCGACAGGCUUUUUAUCUGUAACUAUCAAUGUGGAUUUGAAAAUUGUGAUGCAAUUGUAAGAUGGCCGCCUCCACUCUGAAACUCUUCCACUCUUGCUGCUUGGAUGCUCAAACUUAUCCUGCUGUAACUUUAUGUGAAGAAAAUGUUUAUUUGCAUUAAAUUUCCGAGUGACCACUUUUUUUAAAGCAGUCCUGUCACUGUCUGCGUACUUUGCCUAAUUUGCAAAGACCAUGGAUGUGAUAUCACCGCUAGUGGUCCCCUGGCCGGGAGGGGGGCAGGCAAAAGUGAGCCUUACUUACCUGAACCUGCGGGCGAAUUGAGGCUGGCGUUCUCUUCAUAAUCGUACAUAUUUUAAUUUCUUAAAGUCUUGGAAUCCCAUAGAAGAAAUAUCAAAUAUAGUACAAGGACCCUUCAAGUACCAUAACAACUUUAACCACCAUCUGGUUUUUGACAAACCAUUUUCAAGCAGUAUGACAAAAAAGGGGAAUCUUUGGCAGCUAAACCAUGAACAAAUUAAUUGGUUUUCACUUCCUUCUUAUCUAGAUAAAAUAUUUGUAUGAGUUCGUGGAAUUGGAGUGUGCAGAACUAAGACAGUCUGUGUCACAAGGGUGAGAUUGUCUGCUGGGUAGAGAUUGUAAGGACUGCAAACAUAGAAAGCUGCAGUACUUAUGUUGUUUGAGGAAUCACUUAAAGUCCCUUUUUAAUAGCUGUUUCUUAAUUCUUUGCUUUCUCUCAGGCUCCGCCGUCCAUGGUAAACACUGAACAACGGCAGCACGCGGAGCACAUCUUCCUGUCAUUUAGAAAAUCCAAAUCACCAUUUGCUGUCUGCAAACACAUAUUAGGUACGUAUGAAAUAUUAUGACAUCUUAAAAAACACACAAAAAAAAAAAAAACACCUUAUUAUAUAAAAUUAUACACGGGGCUCAACAUUUCCACUUGCCGUUAGUGAGUGAACAUUCUGUCCUGUUGAUUGUCAUGGACCCUUCAGGCUUGUGAGUAACUGUUAAGACCUGACUAAAUAUAAAUAUAUUUUUUUUAUUUAUAAAAGUUUGAUACAGCAUUAUAUACACAAUACCUAGCAAAUCUUUUAUAGACUUAUAACCCUUCUGAAAUCAGCUAAUGUGAAAACAAAUACGUAGAAUUUAAUAAAAGUUGUGCCAAAAAAAAAUACAGUUUGUAUUUCUGAGGAAUACACCUGGGUGAGGGCUGCAAGCAACACUUUUUGGUGCAACUUUGAUUAAUUUUAUCAUUUUACUGUAUGUGUAUUAUAUGAGAAUAUAUAAAAUCAUCCUGCCAUUAACCGUUGUAAGGUGUUUUGUUUUUCCAGGAAUAAUAUACUACUAUAUAUAAUUCAUGAUAUAUAUCUGUGUGUGGCACAUGUUUAUAAAAUGGCCCAAAAUGUAGUGGUUUAGGAAAACUGGAAUCCUGACAUUUGGAAUUUGUCAGCAGUGAUUAGUAUAUUCAGUUGAAUGGCAGCUCUCAGUGGCGUACAUAUAGGGGUGCAGCUGUGACCUGAGCCCGUCACUCCAGGGGCCACACGUGAAGGUGCCCAUGCUGUUAGGGCCACCCGAUGGGUAUGGAUUUCCAGGGGGCCCGGUCAGCGAUGCAGCGCUUUAACAGCUGGGAGGAAGUGACUGCCCCGGUCACUUCUCCCAGCUAUCAGAGAGCCACGCAGGAGGAAGGAGAGUGAGUCAGAGGGGGAACUCUGACUCACAUCAACCCGAGCCACCACUGGACCCCAGGGAAAGUCACCCUCCUGCACCUAAAAGGUAGGAAACAGGAGGGUGACUUAAACAAUAUAUAUAUAUAACAAGAGGGGGUUGGCUGCACUCACCUUAACAUGCAUAAAUGGGGGUGCUGCUGGGGGCCAAAUAAUACAAUACACAAGAUCCAGCGCACUCACCUAUCCACUAAACAGCAACUUCAAUGUUGAAAGAUUUUGUUUUUUUAAAAACACCUAAUCUAGGCAAAAAUAAUGGGGGUUUAGUUACAUUAUAUGAUCAUACAUUGCAUAAGCCUGCCACAACGUCAAUGUACCCCAUCUUUGGCAGGUCCUACACUAACAGCCUAAUGUCUGCUCUUAUGAAAUUAACCUACCUGUCACAGGUGCCUCAUCCCAGGGCCCUAUUUAUAAUGUAACUAAACCCCCAUUAUUUUUGCCUAGAUUAGGUGUUUUUAAAAAAACAAAAUCUUUCAACAUUGAAGUUGCUGUUUAGUGGAUAGGUGAGUGCGCUGGAUCUUGUGUAAUAUAUAUAUAUAUAUAUAUAUAUAUAUAUAUAUAUAUAUAUAUAUAUAUAUAUAUAUAUAUAUAUAUAUAUAUAUAUAUAUAUAUAAAUAGGUUAUGGUGGGGAAAAAUUGUGAUUGAAAACCCCUUCCACCUGAAGUAUGUGGAUAGUUAAUACAAUGCUAAACAAAAAUCUGCACACCAGUCAAGCCAUAAGACUUGCUUUUCCCACACAAAUCCCAAAUCAGCAGUGAUGUUACAACCGCAAAGGAUUCUGGGUGGGCAUAUGCAAAUUAGUUUAACAAAGAAUCACAUUUUUGCCUCAUUCCAUUUUAAACAUGGAUUCCUUUUAAUUUGUGUUUGCAGUAUACAACUGCUUAGAACACAAUUUAGGAUAAGAUGCAAAAAAGUACAGUAUUUUUUGCAUCUUAUCCUAAAUUGUGUUCUAAGCAGUUGUAUACUGCAAACACAAAUUAAAAGGAUCUAUGAAUACCAAUCAAAGGUUGCCUCUUUUUACAGAGGAGUGUGUAUAACAAAAGUGCUCAAAAGAGUCAAAAAGUGAUUUACAGGCAGCUCAAUACACUAGUGUGGAAAUAUCCUCUAUUCCACUGAAUAAAUUUAGUAGAUAUUGGUGCGGUUUAAGUGACAAGGACCUACACCUAUAAGUGGAGCGCUCAAACACAGAUAAAUCUUACCAAAACGUAGUCUCAUUCAAUGGUAAAAUAUGGGGUACAUGUCAACAUAAAAUACAGAAAAUACAAUAUAGUGUAGACGGUACUAAAAAAAAAUGGCUUCACAGUGAUUAUAAUAAUAUUGUGUUGAAUAUUACACUCACAUUUCAAGGAGCCUGUAUAUAGAAAACACUGGCUCCGUAUAAAGGCUUGUGUGCUGUUAUGGUAGCACCACCCUCCUACUUCGGCUUGAAGAAUUUCUCAGGAACACGAAAAAAAGAGAAGAGAGCAAACCAAUGUGUAGACUUAUGGUGAUAGAUGGCACAGAUAUGUGUUCAAUAAAUGGGGUGCUCACCUGGUCCUGAGCCUACGAAUCCCGGCUCUAGGUAUGUGGAUUUUGUGCCAGUUUGAAUGGGGAUGGCACUACCCCUGUGAGGAUUCCUUGGAGGCUCCAAAAGGAACUUAGAUGAGGUAUUGAAUAAAAAUGGUGAAUUUAUUAGUUUAAAAUAAACAUAAAAACAAAGAUGAUAAAAGUCCUCAAAUAAAAGUCCUUUAAAAAUGGCCAAUACGCGUUUCACUCUCAAAUAGAGCUUCUUCACUCAGCUGUAAUGUUGGUCCUCUGAAUCCUCCAUUUUAAAUGUCAUCUGGGUCUUCCCCUUUAAUGAGUUAAGUUCAUUCUGUCCAAUCAGAUUAAAUUUCACAUAAUGUGUGUGUAUGUGUGUACCUUUAAUAGGUUAAUGAUGUUGACGCCUUUAUUUGUCUAUUUUUUCAUUGGUAGGCAGCAUUGGUUGGCGGAAGUGCUUGUUUUCAACUGGGUGGUUGGCGGAAGUGACGUCAUCUAAUCAUGUGAUCGCCAUCCAGCCAAAUUAAAAAAAAAAAGGGCAAAAAGGGCCGCAGAAUUGGAAUGACAGUAAAAUUGCAUGAUGUCAAAUAUUAAAUUCCUAGUGAUAUAAUAUAAAUGUUGGUGCAUAUAGACUAAUAUAUUUACAUUGUUAAAGGUGCAUAUAGUGCUGGGUUUUUUUUUUUCUUCCUUUUUCAUUGGUGGGCAGCAUUGGUUGGCGGAAGUACUUGUUUUCAACCAGGUGGUUGGCGGAAGUGACAUCAUCUAAUCAUGUGAUCGCCAUCCAGCCAAGAAAAAAAAAAAAAAAGGCAAAAAGGGCUGCAGAAUUGAAAUGACAGUAAAAGGGGCGCAGAAUUUGGCCCUUUUUUUAACUGGAUGGCGAUCACAUGAUUAGAUGACGUCACUUCCGCCAACCACCCAGUUGAAAACAAGCACUUCCGCCAACCAAUGCUGCCUACCAAUGAAAAAAUAGACAAAUAAAGGCGUCAACAUCAUUAACCUAUUAAAGGUACACACAUACACACACAUUAUGUGAAAUUGAAUCUGAUUGGACAGAAUUAACUUAACUCAUUAAAGGGGAAGACCCAGAUGACAUUUAAAAUGGAGGAUUCAGAGGACCAACAUUACAGCUGACUGAAGAAGCUCUAUUUGAGAGUGAAACGCGUAUUGGCCAUUUUUAAAGGACUUUUAUUUGAGGACUUUUAUCAUCUUUGUUUUUAUGUUUAUUUUAAACUAAUAAAUUCACCAUUUUUAUUCAAUACCUCAUCCAAGUUCCUUUUGGAGCCUCCAAGGAAUCCUCACAGGGGUAGUGCCAUCCCCAUUCAAACUGGCACAAAAUCCACAUACCUAGAGCCGGGAUUCGUAGGCUCAGGACCAGGUGAGCACCCCAUUUAUUGAACACAUAUCUGUGCCAUCUAUCACCAUAAGUCUACACAUUGGUUUGCUUUCUUCUCUUUUUUUCGUGUUCCUGAGAAAUUCUUCAAGCCGAAGUAGGAGGGUGGUGCUACCAUAACAGCACACAAGCCUUUAUACGGAGCCAGUGUUUUCUAUAUACAGGCUCCUUGAAAUGUGAGUGUAAUAUUCAACACAAUAUUAUUAUAAUCACUGUGAAGCCAUUUUUUAGUACCGUCUACACUAUAUUGUAUUUUCUGUAUUUUAUGUUGACAUGUACCCCAUAUUUUACCAUUGAAUGAGACUACGUUUUGGUAAGAUUUAUCUGUGUUUGAGCGCUCCACUUAUAGGUGUAGGUCCUUGUCACUUACACCGCACCAAUAUCUACUAAAUUUAUUCAGUGGAAUAGAGGAUAUUUCCACACUAGUGUAUUGAGCUGCCUGUAAAUCACUUUUUGACUCUUUUGAGCACUUUUGUUAUACACACUCCUCUGUAAAAAGAGGCAACCUUUGAUUGGUAUUCAUAGAUUCUAUAUAUCCUCGUGUGUAAACAUAGCCAUUAUGUCAUUAUUCGAACAAAGAAAAAAACAAUGUACUAACAUUGAUGAAUUAUUUGGGGAAGAAGAAUUUGUCUUCAACCAAAUUGAUAGAAUGGAAGAAAAAUCUAUAUUUGACUGCCAGAGAAUACUUGAAAAAACAUUAAGUAAGGAGACCAGAAUUAAAUGGGAAAUUGCUACUCUGGAAAAAUACAUUCGUGAAAAAAUCACCCCAAGGGGACUCAGGUUUUUUAAAUUCCCUUCAUUUGAUCAGGAAGAUAAAGCAUUUAUGGACGACUGGGCCACUAUGCUUGAUUCCUUCUCCUUUGUUAUGAUGCAAAAAAUCAUAACUAGGAGGAAACUUACACUAGAUAAAUUAGACAUGGAAAUUAAUAAAGAACAAAAUUUUCUUAUCAAUCACACUAACACAGACGAAUAUAAAAAGAUCACGGAUAAAAUCCAAUGUGUUAUAGACAAAGUAGAACAAGAGACUAUACAAAUCAAAAAGAGUAAAUAUACACGUGAUAAGAAUGACUACAGACGCAAUGAAGUUAGGACAUUUGGGAAAAAUCGAAAACCAGAAAAUCAUAAUACAUAUGAUCAAUACAGACACAAUUCUUACAAUCCACAUCACGCACGCACAAAUUAUCAACCAAGGGCAAACCCAUUUAGGGACCAUCACAAUAAGAGACCUAGAGAGAGAAUAGAACCUAAACCUUCCACAAGUCCCCAUGGGAGAACCCACACACCCAACAUGAGAACUCCUAUCCAGAUGGAAAAAAGAGCAAAAUCAGAUGAAUUCUUAACAGCACAAAGCAAAUUCAGACACAAUCCUAGGAGAAUAUCCGAUAUUUCCACCAACCAUAGAUUUGAACCUCUUGAAAAAAUCACAAGGGAAGAGGAUUUUUGGAGUCUGAGGAACAAAGACAAACACAAAUUCCUCUCACGCCAAAAAUCACCAAACAAAAGACAAAGGAGCACGGAAGAAGGGGAAAUAGAGGAGGCGUGGACACACAGAGGAGGAAAGAGGGACAAACGCAACCCAUAAAAAAUCAAAAGGAGAUGGAAAAAGAAGCAGGUAUCUUUAACCUCACCUGCACUACAUUGAACCGUACACAAAUUAAAUUACUACAGAAGGGUCUAAAAUUUGCACCCACUAGAAAUCUUAACAAAUUUGAGACGUAUGUAGAUCUAAAUAAAUUUAAACGCACCUUAUGUUUGAAAAAUUUUUUCCAAAAAAAUCCCAUAACCAAUAGCCUGAUUAAUACAGAAAAGUAUACACACACGACAUUAAAAGAAAAGUCCACGUUUUUUCCAAAACACUUAAUCUCAGGAGAAAUGACCACCUAUGAGAAAAUGGUGAUGUCAGACAUCAAUAAAUUAAAAAAAGCGAAUCGUUACCAACAAAACCUUCAAAAAGAUGAGUACAAAGUUUUAAAAAAACUACAGAAAGAUAAUGACAUCAUCAUUAAACCCGCGGAUAAGGGGGGGGGAAUAGUCAUUUUAAAUGUCAAAGACUAUCACACAGAAUGUAUGAGGCUACUUAACGACCACACAACCUACACACAACUAAAAGGAGAUCCAACUAUUGAAAUUAAAAAUAAAUUUUACGAUCUCAUAACCAAGGGUUUACAAAAGGAGAUUUUAAAUAAAAAAGAAUUUGAGUAUCUAAACGUAACACACCCUAAGAUCCCGGUGUUCUACUACCUCCCCAAGGUGCAUAAAAACCCCAUAGUUCCACCUGGAAGACCUAUCGUCUCAGGCAUCAACUCCAUAUCAUGUAGAUUUUCGGAGUAUGUGGACAGAUGCCUCCAGCCUAUAGUGCAAGGCAUCCCUAGUUACCUUAAAGACACAGGGAGCAUUCUGAGACAUUUACAGACCAUCAAAUGGGAACAUGACUAUUACCUAGUAACUGCUGAUGUCAGCUCUCUAUACACCAUUAUCACACACCAAAAGGGCUGUGCAGCAGUACAAUUCUUUUUAGAACAAUCUCAGAAAUUUGAGUCAGAUCAAAUUGAUUUUAUCAUUGAAGGGAUACAAUUAAUUUUAACCAGUAAUUAUUUUUGGUACGAUGACACUUUUUACUUACAGGCAUGUGGGACGGCGAUGGGCACCAGGUUCGCACCCAGCUACGCCAACCUGUUCAUGGCAGACUGGGAGCGCCAACACUUACAACUUAAUGAGGGCUGGGUAGGGGGCCUGGUGACCUAUCGCCGUUACAUAGAUGACCUGUUUUUUAUUUGGAAGGGCACAGAAGAUACGCUACAAAGUUUUUUAAAUCAAUUAAAUAAUAAUGAAUGGGGCAUUAUUUUAUCAACAAAUUUUAGUAAACACACGGUUACAUUUUUAGAUUUAGAUAUUUUUAUUGAUGAUGAAAAGAUCAAGACCAAGACACACUUUAAAGAUGUAGAUGUGAACAGCUUUAUCCACACCUCAAGCUGUCACUUUUCCCCUUGGCUAAGUAGUGUACCUAAAUCACAACUUAUACGUAUAAAAAGAAAUUGCACGGACAAUGACACCUUCAAGGAACAAGCAGACAAAUUAAUUACCGACUUGUUAGAUAAGGGCUAUAAAAAGGAGACCCUCAACGACACUUAUACACAAGUUUUAAAAAUUUCACAGAGCACUUUAUUACAAGAAAAAAACAAAACACAAAAUGAAUGUGAGGUCAAUUUACCUAUUGUAUGUAAUUACAGCCAUAACAAUAAGGCAUUAAGGAAAAUCCUAAAUAAACAUUGGCCUAUUUUACUUCAGGACCAUGCCCUAUCCCAGAUUCUACCACCAAAACCCAAGAUAAUAUUUAGGGGUGCAGCUAAUUUAAACCGACUUUUGGUAAAGAACCACAUUAAAAAAACUAAAACUACUACCUUCCUAAAUAAAGGAAAGGGUUUUUACGGAUGUGGUACUUGUCUUGCGUGUAGGAACACCAACAAUAAAAAGAGACAUAUUAAGACUUUUAAGAACUGCAAUAACGAUGAGGAAUUCCCUAUUAAAGAACUUAUAACUUGUUACUCAAACAACGUAAUAUAUUUAUUGGAAUGUCCUUGCGGUUUAAAAUAUGUGGGACGCACCAAACGGAAUUUGCACACUAGGAUUGAGGAACACACUAGAAAUAUAAAGAAAAAAUUUGAAGGACACAGUGUAUCACACCACUUCACCCUAGCCCACAAUAAUGAUCCCACUCAAUUACUCUUUAUGGGUAUACAAAAGGUUAAGGGGAAUUGGCGGGGAGGCGACCUUAAUAAAUUACUGGGACAGAGUGAGAUGAGGUGGAUAUUCAACCUCGGGACCUUAAAGCCCCGGGGUUUGAAUAUAGACUUCGAACUCUGCCAUUUCAUUUAAAUGGGUAUCUCCCUUUUUUUGGGGUUCAAUGGAAUUUAUCCAUUGUAAUCCACUCUACUCUUUUGUACCCUUGUUUUUCUUUUAUACAUUUUUCUUAUUCAUUUUCAAUCAGUGGCAUAUUAUUUAUGCCCAAACUUAUAAACAUUGUGAAUACCACUUAAAGAAGAUUGAUUUAACCACCUUUUGGGAAAAUACCCAAUAAGGAUAUCUAUUCCAGCACAUAUGUAUGUAAUAUCACCUUUUUAAUGUAUAAAAAUAUAUGUACCAUCGGCACUGUAUGCACCUUUAACAAUGUAAAUAUAUUAGUCUAUAUGCACCACAAAUUAUAUUUUAUCACUGGGAAUGUAAUAUCUGACAUUAUGCAAUUUUACUGUCAUUUCAAUUCUGCAGCCCUUUUUGCCUUUUUUUUUUUUUCUUGGCUGGAUGGCGAUCACAUGAUUAGAUGAUGUCACUUCCGCCAACCACCUGGUUGAAAACAAGUACUUCCGCCAACCAAUGCUGCCCACCAAUGAAAAAGGAAGGAAAAAAAAAACAAAAAAAAACCCAGCACUAUAUGCACCUUUAACAAUGUAAAUAUAUUAGUCUAUAUGCACCAACAUUUAUAUUAUAUCACUAGGAAUUUAAUAUUUGACAUCAUGCAAUUUUACUGUCAUUCCAAUUCUGCAGCCCUAUUUGUUUUUUUUUUUUUUUUUUUAUUUGGCUGGAUGGCGAUCACAUGAUUAGAUGACGUCACUUCCGCCAACCACCCAGUUGAAAACAAGCACUUCCGCCAACCAAUGCUGCCUACCAAUGAAAAAAUAGACAAAUAAAGGCGUCAACAUCAUUAACCUAUUAAAGGUACACACAUACACACACAUUAUGUGAAAUUGAAUCUGAUUGGACAGAAUGAACUUAACUCAUUAAAGGGGAAGACCCAGAUGACAUUUAAAAUGGAGGAUUCAGAGGACCAACAUUACAGCUGACUGAAGAAGCUCUAUUUGAGAGUGAAACGCGUAUUGGCCAUUUUUAAAGGACUUUUAUUUGAGGACUUUUAUCAUCUUUGUUUUUAUGUUUAUUUUAAACUAAUAAAUUCACCAUUUUUAUUCAAUACCUCAUCCAAGUUCCUUUUGGAGCCUCCAAGGAAUCCUCACAGGGGUAGUGCCAUCCCCAUUCAAACUGGCACAAAAUCCACAUACCUAGAGCCGGGAUUCGUAGGCUCAGGACCAGGUGAGCACCCCAUUUAUUGAACACACAUCUGUGCCAUCUAUCACCAUAAGUCUACACAUUGGUUUGCUCUCUUCUCUUUUUUUCGUGUUCCUGAGAAAUUCUUCAAGCCGAAGUAGGAGGGUGGUGCUACCAUAACAGCACACAAGCCUUUAUACGGAGCCAGUGUUUUCUAUAUACAGGCUCCUUGAAAUGUGAGUGUAAUAUUCAACACAAUAUUAUUAUAAUCACUGUGAAGCCAUUUUUUAGUACCGUCUACACUAUAUUGUAUUUUCUGUAUUUUAUGUUGACAUGUACCCCAUAUUUUACCAUUGAAUGAGACUACGUUUUGGUAAGAUUUAUCUGUGUUUGAGCGCUCCACUUAUAGGUGUAGGUCCUUGUCACUUACACCGCACCAAUAUCUACAAAUUAAAAGGAAUCCAUGUUUAAAAUGGAAUGAGGCAAAAAUGUGAUUCUUUGUUAAACUAAUUUGCAUAUGCCCACCCAGAAUCCUUUGCGGUUGUAACAUCACUGCUGAUUUGGGAUUUCUGUGGGAAAAGCAAGUCUUAUGGCUUGACUGGUGUGCAGAUUUUUGUUUAGCAUUGUAUUAAAUAUAUAUAUAUAUAUAUAUAUAUAUAGUGUGUCUGUCGGGUAAGGGGGGGCGCACAUGGAUCAGUUUUGCACCGGGGUCCCAUGGAUUGUGUGUACCCCACUGGUUGCUCUAAUAUGGAGUAUUUACAUUCUAUAGACAUGGCUUUACACACUAUUAUUUUUCUGACCUGUUCCUUUUUUUCUUUUUCCCCAGAAACUAGCAAAGUGGACUAUGUUCUUUUUCAAGCUGCCACGGCAAUAAUGGAAGCGGUUGUAAGAGAAUGGGUCCUUUUGGAAACAAGUAGCAUUGAGUCACUCCGAACAUUCCUUCUAACAUAUGUUUUACAAAGACCGAAGUAAGUGCAGGUUCCCUAGUGAUUCUGAAGAAUGAGGUUAUCCUCAGAGGGAUGGACAGUAACCUACAAAAUUUAACUAGCGUUCUUUAUGGCAUUGUUGAACGUUUUAAGAUAAAUUCUGUUAAAAUAUGUUGUUUCUUGCACAGGCCAGUUGUAGUAGCUAUUCCGGCUUAAAGGUAUUUUUGUAAAGCAAGUCACCUACGCAGUGGUGUAUUUUGGAUCAGUGCUGCCCUAAGCAUGACGGAACUCGGGCACCCCCUAAUUUAAAUUUACCCCUUAGUGUCAAGACAACACCUAUUCCUGUUAACGACUAACACACACUUUGACUGACAGUCACACACUCUUGGAUACACUGACAAACACACAUUUACUGAUUUUACACAAUCUGACAGACACACACAAUCACUUGCUCAGACAUGCUCUCGUGCAGACGUGCUCACUUAGACACACUCGCCCGCAGACACACUCUGGCAGACAGACAGACACAAGGUGCAGGCAGGCCGGUACCUGCCAAAGAGUAAUGCCCCGAGCCGGAAUGACAUCAUAUUCCGGCUUUACUCUGCGGAGCAAAGGGGGGCUGGGCAGGAAGAGCUUAGCACACUCUGCCUGCUUUGAGCGCCCGACCGCCUGCCUGUAUGCCAGCCUGGUAGGGACAGAAUUGUCUGUCUGUCCCGGGGAGGGAUCCCUUAAAACGAGGGUAAUAAAGCAUUUGUGGGCGGGUUUUUUGCCGGACGCCACAACAGCGUAUUUCAAAAUUCACGACAUUUUGACAGUGGCAUGAGGAUUCGCACAAUUUUACAUUUUUAAGCAUGCUUAACUAAACAGCUAAAUUGAGUAAGAUUAACUAACAUUCAAUGAAAUAAAGUAAUGUCCAUAUUUUUAUUUUUUAUAAUCUGGUGGCAAUUUUGAAAAGCUACAUUAGCAACCAUGGAAAUGGGUACCUUGCACAUAACGCUUGGUGGGGCGGAGAGGGUUACUAUAAUUCUGCUCCUGUGCUAAUAGUGCAGACCCUCUCUAAAAUAUUGCAAGAUUAAGGUCACUGUAUGUAUUCUGAAAUUUUUAAUCCCACACUGUUAGAGUAAAUUAAAACUCAAAAUGGUUGGCAUUUACAUCAUUUAUCUGUAUCUAGUUUCUGCUAAAAUAAAUAACUUUUGUUAAACUGCCCUUCUUCCAAGGUUUGAAAUACACUUUGUUUAACCCCUUAAGGACACAUGACAUGUGUGACUUCUCAUGAUUCCCUUUUAUUCCAGAAGUUUGGUCCUUAAGGGGUUAAAGCAAGCAUGUCAAACUUAAAGGCUAGCAAGGGCCAAAUAAACAAAGUUUAGGUUUAAGUGGGCCGCAAAAAAAAUUUACAUUUUCAUAGAAACGUAGGUUUAUUUUGAAAAGUACAGUAUUAAAAAAACAAAACAAAAAAACAGCCACUAGAGGCGCAUCUGCGAAGCUGGAGGCAUAUAUUGAGAAAUGCUUUCCUAUGGACACUUUGAAUGUGCGCGCGGCACUUGCCUCGCAUGCGCAUUCAGCUCCUGUGAUGUCGGCCGGGGGGGGAGAGGUCAUUAGAACCGAGGGAGCCCGGCGCUGGAAUAAGGUAAGCUGCUGAAGGGGUUUUGGGACCCUGAGGGUGGGGGCACCCUCAGGGCAAUAUAGUGUCAGGAAAACUGCUUUGGAUUCCUGACACUAUAGUGAUACUUUAAGGCCGAAAUAGUAGAAUUGGAAAAAGUAUCUGAGCUAGCUAUGCUUACAGUUCAACUACUUUGGCCUAAGAUUUAAAAGUCACUUCGAAUUUAGACUUUACAGUGAGACCCUGACAGUAUUUAGCAUUUCAAAAGUGCCACCAGAUUAUAAAAAAGUGUUCCUAUAAUUGAAAAUCAUAUAGCAGGGAAUAAAACCUGAAAUGCAGUAAGUGAACAGUAGAUGGCAGCAGUUAGCUAUAUUACUGUGUGUUACCCAAGUACUAUUUGCAUAUGUUCCUCUUUAUGCCAUGGUUUGAAACUUUGUUAAAUCAUAAAUGGGACGAUUUACCUAUCAGCAAGCUUAUGACAAAUGAAGGCUAUUUCUUAGGCUUUUUUUAUUGCUAAUUGCAGCAGUUACCUGUGGAGUCGCAUUCAAUACAUAGGACUUCACAGGUAAAUCCCACACUGAUCGUUCGGAUGUGGAUUAAACUAAUUUAUUUUUUGUACAAUUACCAAUUUUGUACAACUAUUAUAGAUGACGGUAUAUUUAUUUAUAUGGAACCUGCUCUAGUAAUGGGUGGGGAAUACAAAGCACUGGACUUAUUACAGCUUAGACAACAUAGACAGGUAACCCACUUUGGUAGCACUGAAUUGAGACAUGGUUCCUCUAUCACAUGGAAGAGGUUUUGCUCUCAUUCAGGGAUGUCCCCAGUUUUUGUCAAAUCUUUUGAAAAACUGUAACAACUGCACCCAUAACCUCCUUAAAUCAUUACUGUUGGGGCAGUGCUCUGAAGGACUGGUGUACCAUAAACUAGCUGCGUAGUCCGUUUUGACUUUUGGGCAUAGCUUGAUCAUAAUCCUCACCAUGGAGCUUGAGCACCAUACUUCUUUGGACCUCUAGGCUUUUAUGGGGCAAUGAUACAUAUCACUGUUAAUUUCCCUGUCUGCUUCAACCACAAAAAUAAGUUUUAUUCUCUUUUAAGUCCUAAUCAUUGGCUGCCACAAGUGAUAUUCUUAGCCUUAUAUUAAAAAUGUUUGUUAGCACUCUGCACUUAACUUACUGUCAUGCAUCCUGUGCUUUAGACCUGCAUUAUGCCAUAAAUUAAUGCCUUGAUAAUUUAGUUCUCUCAUUGCUGCAUUAUGUUCUUAUAGCCUGGUUCAUAAAUAAAAUUGUUCAGUUUAUGCUCUGUUGACUCUCAAGCAUGUGUAUGCACCUUCUUUGCUGCUAUGUCGGAUAAAAUAUUGUUGUGAUUUAUAUUAAUGCACAUCAGAAAAAGAUUUAUUAUCCUUCCAUAUCCUUGAAGUAUUAAUAUCCUUCUGGAGAUACAUUACUGGAGACCAUAUCUCCAGAAGGAGUUCAGAGAAGAGCUACUAAAUUGGUUCAUGGAUUGCAAGAUAAAACUUACAAGGAAAGGUUAAAGGAAUUUAACAUGUAUAGCUUGGAGGAAAGACGUGACAGGGAGGAUAUGAUAGAUAAAGGGAAUCAACACAAGGAGGAGACAUUUAAAAGAAGAAAAACUACCACAACAAGAGGACAUAGUCUUAAAUAGAAGGGCAAAGGUUUAAAAAUAUCAGGAAGUUUUACUUUACUGAGAGGGUAGUGGAUGCAUGGAAUUGCCUUCCAGCUGAAGUGGUAGAGGUUAACACAGUGAAGGUGUUUAAGCAUACGUGGGAUAGGCAUAAGGCUAUCCUAACUAUAAGAUAAGGCCAGGGACUAAUGAAAGUAAAAUUGGGAAGACUAGAUGGACCGAAUGGUUCUUAUCUUCCGUCACAUUGUUUCUAUUUACAAAAACAAAGGUAACAAGCUGCAUCCAAAGACCACAUCAACCACAAGAGUAAACGGUAGUGACUAGUUUAUGUCCCUAUAAAACUUCUUCGUACAUCAAACACAGGGCAGUAAAACUUACACUUUUAGUAAUCUCGACUAUCAAUCACUUCUAUGUGAAAUGAAACACUAGUCUUUACUGUUGUGGUAGUGAAAUGUACAAGUGUGGAUUGACGACCUGACCAUAGACCAGAAUACAGUAAAAGUACCGAAAGUAAACUGCAUAACCAAAAACGUUUUUACCCACGUUCCCUGUACUGCAGGAUUUAUGGCAAAAUUAAAUAACAUUUUACAUAUACAAUGUAAUUCGAUGUUGCUAAAGUUUUUAGAAACAAAAAAUAAAAUCAAUAUCGUAAAUAUUGUCAUAUCCUCCAGUUGAUUUUUUAUUUAUUUAUUUUUUUAUAAGUAAUUCCUUCUCUGCAGAGCAACAGAAUGGGAUGGUCUAAUACGGGGCAGCGGUUAAUAUAAUAAUCCCACUUCAGAAAGACUGAUUUACUAGGUAUUCAGGCACCAAGAUUCUCUAUCUACGGGAACUUGACAGCAGAUGAUGGUGAUUUGUAGUAUGAAUAUAUAAAAUAAUCAAGUUAAUGACAAGCAGUAGGUUAUGUCCACAAAAUUGUUGUAAGAUCCUUUUGCUUAAUGAAGCUUCCAAUCAAUAGACUAUUAUCCCUUCUCUGCUCAGUGUCUGACAAGCCGGAACUAAUUAAUUGGUGUUAAACAAACUGUUGCCAAUAUAUUUAUUUGAAAAUAAACUUGCAAAAACCAACUUGUUUCUUGAAAUCUCCCCAUGCCCCCCAUCGAUCAGAAGUGCUUUAUCUGUGAAGUCUUUUUGCAAAAAAAUAAAUAAAUGUUGAUUUGAAUAGAAAUUGCUCCUUUUAUAAAAUAACCUGGUUAAACCUCUUGGCUGUUAAAGAGACACAGUCAUGUUACUUCCUGGUAGUUUAGCUUAGUGGAGUUAUACUAGAGGCAGGGAAUUGGUCAGAGCACUUCCUUGCAAAUACUUCUCAUUGGAAAGUCUAUUGGACAGUCAAAGAAAUGCUGGGUGCCCUGUGUCUACAAAGGCUGCAGAUAAGAGAUCUGCAACGUUUGCAACCAGUUUGUAGAUCUAACACCAAUGGAAAAACUGCAUAAUUAAAUGCAUGCAUGUUUUCAUUGAGGUUAUAUCUACUAAACAGUGUUUUUAUUUUUGAGCUGCGGAGUAUUACUUUAACAACUAUCUGAGCUAAUUUCUCCCCAUCUGUCUCAUGUCCUCCACUGCUAUUCUGAUCAAGAAAAGAAAAAUAAUCUACUGAUUCGUUUUAUUAUUUUAUUGUCUACUUUGUCAUUGUGCAUGUUUACAGGAUAUGCAUUGUGUCCGGCAAUAUCUUACAUCUAAUUUGUAUUUCAUCUACAGCCUGCAGAAGUACGUGCGAGAGCAGAUUCUAUUGGCGGUAGCGGUCAUAGUGAAAAGAGGCUCUUUAGAUAAAUCCAUUGACUGCAAGAGCAUUUUCCAUGAAGUCAGCCACUUAAUAAGCAGUUGUAAUCCCACGGUAGUAAGUAUUGCUCUACUUUUUUUUUUCUGUAAGCUUGUUUUGUGUCUCUGAAAACUCUGAGGCAUACAGUGUCUUCUGUGAAAAAGUACAUAGGGAGGUAUUACUGAUACCCAUCUGCAAAAUGAUGAUAAUUAAGCGGAAUACACUGUGACCUGGGUAGAUCUCAUUUGAAUCACAUUCAAAUCGCACAUUUCUGUUCGGUAGCGGACUUAGUGUCCGUAUUUACAGAGGUGAUCGAACGCACAGUGUUGUCCAUGAGUACAAUUGAUGCAGUACAAAAACAAACGUGCAAUUCAUCUAAGACAAAACAAAAAUUUCGAAAUAUAGGAGUUGAUGACCCAAUUCCAGUGGGAACUUACAGCGCCUUCUACAUUGUAAUAAAUGACUUUUGUUUGGGGUAGUAGUCACAGUUUAGGGUAUGAUUCUCAAAGUACCAUCUCAUAAGUCACUGGUUUUAAGACCCUUAUCUGGGUCCUCCCUUAAUAGCCAGACACAUGACACAUAUUAAAACCUGUUGCUCCUGUUAGCCAUCUUUGCCACUUGCUGAAUUCCUCUCUAUACUGCUUUUCUGGAGAUCAGUUUUUUUGUUGUUGUCUCCCUUGUUUUACCCAAGCUUGUAAAACCUUAAUUUUUACAUUUUAUUCUGUUGUAAUUAGACCUCAUGUCAGUUUGUGGUUCUUCUAAUUCUACUACUGCUGUUGCUUGUACCCCAACCACAGUAGUCCGACAGCCAGAUCAUAAAAAUAAAUCCUUAUGUUGUGCCUAAAAAUAAUCUGUGGUUUUUAUUAUUCCAUUCGUUCUUUGUGAAAUGUUUCCAAAAUGACCCGGCACUAUUUUCCAUGAUGGCUUUGCUGUUUCCCGUGCUUAUGGCUGCAUAUCUGCAUUGCCCACAAUUUUCCAGCAAAUGCUGCAAUGCAUUGCUUGUAACUCGGGAUCUGCGGUUUGGUACUAACUGAAAUAUGAUCUCUUCAUCAUAAAUGUUAGCUCCCUCUGUAGACUGACAUUUGUACUGUACAGAAAGCUUGCUUAGGGUUAGAUAUGGAAUCCUUUGCACUGUCUGAUCAUUCUUGUCUGCAGUGAUAUAAGAUGUACUACGACAUGCACGUAAUAAGGGAAGUCUAAAUUGAAAAUUCAGUAAUUGGUUCUCUUGCUUUUCUUUAAUGUGCAAUAGUGGCUUAAAACACCUUCUUUUUUUUUUUUUUAUUGUCCUGUAAUCUGUUCCUUCUUGUGUUUGUGGAUAUCCUUUUCACAGUGUCAUAGUUGACACAAUUUAUCUCCAUGUAAGUAUGUUUUAAAGGAACACUAUAGUCACCUAAAUUACUUUAGCUAAUUAAAGCAGUUUUAUUGUAUAGAUUAUUCCCCUGCAAUUUCACUGCUCAAUUCACUGUCAUUUAGGAGUCAAAUCACUUUUUCUGUUUAUGCAGCCCUAGCCACACCUCCCCUGGCUAUGAUUGACAGAGCCUGCAUGAAAAAAAAACUGGUUUCACUUACAAACAGAUGUAAUUUACCUUAAAUAAUUGUAUCUCAAUCUCGAAAUUGAACUUUAUCACAUACAGGAGGCUCUUGCAGGGUCUAGCAAGCUAUUAACAUAGCAGGGGAUAAGAAAAUCUUAGUUAAACAGAACUUGCAAUAAAGAAAGCCUAAAUAGGGCUCUCUUUACAGGAAGUGUUUAUGGAAGGCUGUGCAAGUCACAUGCAGGGAGGUGUGACUAGGGUUCAUAAACAAAGGGAUUUAACUCCUAAAUGGCAGAGGAUUGAGCAGUGAGGCUGCAGGGGCAUGUUCUAUACACCAAAACUGCUUCAUUAAGCUAAAGUUGUUCAGGUGACUAUAGUGUACCUUUAACUUUACAUUGUUCUGCUGUCUGAAGAUUACUUCAAUAAGUGCAUAUUCCUUCCUGGUUUACUAAUUUGAUUGUGAUUACAGAGCUUAAUUUUACAGUUUGCCUUCCAGCCUUUACAGACCUAAUGCUGGUAAAGUUAUAUUUUAACCACUUACAGAGAUUUUAAGGGUCACUCUAAGUACUAUUCCAACAUAUGAUCAUUGCCUGUGUAGUGAAACAAAAAAAAAACUUAUGUCUUAGAUGGAAAUUUAGUAUUCUGACUGUCCAGAUAAUGAUGAGAUGCCGUAGCAGGGUAUUAGCGCUCUACAUGUAUGGACACCUCCACUAGCAGACUACAUCGGAACUUACAGCAAAUGAGUCUUAGCAGCAGCUACACAUCCUUGAUUGGGCCUGAUGGUUCUUUUCACAAAACAAUGCCGCUGCUAUUAGCUUAGGUGGCAGUUCAAUUCAUUUGAUAGAAUAUCGGUCAUAGGCUGCAGAACAUGUCCCAUAAACUCCUACUGUGCCGGGACAAUUUCAACUCGGAAUCUAAUGGAACAUUUGGAUUGGGAGAGAGAGAGACUUUCUGGUCUAGGCCAAAAUAUAUCCGAGGAUUUGCAGCAAUUUUUUUUAUUUUUUUUUAUAUAUAAUAGAAGGGUUCUCUUACCUCAAAAAAUUUCAUCUAAAUGAAGAGGUUUUUAAGGUUUGAGUCCUGGUGCGCGGUCUUACCUUAAUGUGUUAAUCCAUUUCUGAAUGGUUUAACAUGUUAUUUUUCUCCAAAGGGGCCUGUCCGCUUGGCAACUAUUUCUCCCUUCUUUGCUUGAAUGAUGUACUGAGCUGAAAAGGAAAGCCGUGGGUUCCAGUGACCGGCCUAUCACUGCCCAUUCAUUGUGAAUACAUUCCAAACAAGGGAGAAAUUAGUGGGGGCACGCAGCUGAGCAAAAACAUCUUACCAAAACAACUUAACUGAGAAAUACGUCAUUAAAUAUUUAUCUUGUUUGCCUAUGUUUUUGCAUUAUUAACAUAGUACUUUUUUUUUUUUUUUUUUUUUGAGGUGCAAUAGAGGGUUACAUAGAGACCUGAGGUGCCCCAAAGGCAGUCCUCAGGUGUAGCUUCACUUUCGUUUUCACAUGCACAAAAAUUUUGUAUUUUAUAUAUCAUGACUCCAGCUUGCACCAGAAAUUGUCGAAGAAUGCUUCUAGACUUUGCCGGGUUCCAUGCUGUGGGUCUGUAGGUUCGGGGGAAAGCGUGGCGUCCGCUAUGUUGGGUGCAGCGUCGUGUUGCAUACUUUCCUGUGCAUUCCCCCUCUGCUCCUGCUCCAGUCUCGAUUUGUAUCUCAGGUGUGGACUGCGAUCACUCCGGGGGGGGAGUAACGGGGUUUCUGCUUGCGCUGUGUCAGCAUCUCAUGGCACCGGACCGGGGGAACGGCCGCCUCUCCCGCUCUACGGUUGCCAGGCCUCAUGGUGCAAGUCGGUCUGCCAGCCGGCCUCAGAGUGAUCGCAGGCUGCAAGGUCGGUUUUCGUGGGUCAGAUGAGACCAUUUGGGUUUUCCUUUUUUUUAAGCUUUGAGGGCUAAAAAGUCGUAUUUUGCCCUAUUUUCUGAGGAGCUCUGCUGUAGCACGUCUAUUUUCCAUGCUGGUCAGGCCCCGCCCCCUAACAUAGUACUUUGAAAAUGUAGGUCACCUUCAGUGUGGAGCAUCAUUCUUUUAAUUCCAUUUCAUCAUACAGUGUGCACGAUUAGAGACCUCAACUUUUCAUUCCCUCUCUUUUGAAGCUUUGAUUAUUUCAAGGCUUGCGUUAUAUGCCCUAGUCGCAUGACCCAAGCAUCCCGUAAACAUUCUUUCCAGUUCAGAUGGGAAUACUAUCCACAAAGUCUUUGAACAGGUUGAGAAAACUUAUUGCUCUAUCGCUUAUAAAAGUCACAAUCUACACAUAAUGUAAUAUACAUAACUUUUUUUUUUUCUACUUCCUCUUUUUACAUAAGUGCCAUCCUAAUUUGAGAAAACGUUGUGUUUGUUCAUCAUUUCCACUUCCCUCAUGUAGACCCAUGUGGAUUCAUGUAAUCAUAUUUAUUAAUUUGGGACCUGUAAGUAUGGCAUCAGAUGGCAGAAAAGUGACCCAUGUGUCGACAUGUGUCGAUAAAUACUUGUAUCCCCCAGCUCCAGUUUGGAUUUACGCCCCCUACUGGUUUUAAACAGGGCUACUUUUUUUCUUCACAAGCUAGUUUGUUCAUUUCUCCAAAUUGAUGAAAUAGCAUUGGACUCGGCAUCUGCACUGAUUUUCUUACCAGGUUUCAUGUAUACAUUGUCAAUCUGAAAACUGGCGCUACGUAAUUGUCUAGGUUGAAAAAAAAAAAGUCUUUAAAGUCCAAGUUAAAUUGUUAAUAUUCUAAUAUUGCUGGUCUUGUGAAUAAUCCUUGUGGCUAAAAUUAAAAGCUUUUAUCUUUCACGUAAGCCACAUACAGUUAUAAUCUGCACAGUUCUUAGUGUACAUCUUUGGACGUGCAUUCUUAUUGUUGAUACUUUUUGUGUUAGAGACAGAUCUCUUCCACUUUCCACAGUUCAGUCAGAAAAUGAAAUUGUAACUGGUUCCAAAAAGGUUUUAAUUCAUUCCGGUUUCAGUAUUGGUGUCGGAGGACACAUUUUAGGACAUUCUAAAAACACCACAAGUGAAUCUUCUUGUUUUCUUUUAGGACUGAUAAAUUAUAACAUUCUUGCCUUUUUUUGACAUUUAGCCCACAAUCUACUCUGCCAUUUGGCCAGCUGACCGUUGGUAAUGCCUAAAUUGCUAUUUAUUCAAGAAAGCUCAUUUGACUUACAAUCACCUUUUUCAUUUCCCAUAAUCCUGUAACUUAUUAACAGACGCAUGGGACGGGAGAGGUCCAGCGUCUUUGUGAUCUAGUAGACAAUGGAGCCAUUGCUCCAGACUAGUAUAAACAUGGUUAUUCCAUUAUAAAACCAGCAAUGUUUCAACCAAUACAGGAUCUAACCAAGCUCCUAUUCUUGAGUUCCUCAAGGUUUCAGUCCAGAAACCAGUCAUCGUAGCGAUAACAUUGGCAUCACGUUCAUGCGCGUUUCCGUUUGAUUGAUGGAUAUACUUUCUGCUUGGCUUACAUGAAUGUUCCAAUAAAAGAGCAGCUGAAAUCCUUUGUCUAUGGUAACCUUUAUGAAGUUUAUUUUGGGGUAUAAUGCAGCUGGGUCAUUGCCAGACUAUUAUGGGAGACAAUCCGAGCACAAGAGUUGGCCGGCCAACUGGCGUGUAUUGCUUUUGUAUUGUCACACUGUCAUUUAACUCAGCGACAAAACUUAUAAUAAAAAAAUAGAAAAGUGAUUUAAAGAAAUAUUAAUACAUUUAAAAACAAACACAGAGGAAAAAGCUCCAUCAUGGUAGGUAUUUAAUUUCCUGUUCUAUUAAUAGGUCACUGUUAAGCUCUCAAUUGUGCUUAAUUAAAAAAAAAUAAAAUAAUUUUUUUUAAAUUUCAAGGUUUAAGCCACCAGUCUUAGAUAGGAAAACAGCAGGUUCCGAGUAGCAAAACUGUAACCGAUAUGUCUUUAAUCACACCACUCAGCACACUUUGUAUAUCUGAGGCUUUGUCUGCAAUUAGAAUGGUCAGUGAGCUCCAGUUGGUCACUGACCAUUAUCUGCUAACCUCCCCACUAAUCCUCCUCCUGUGUGCUGGCCCAACCUGAUCAAUGUGUAUCACCACACACUGAAUUCUUAAAACGGGGGAUGUCCUUUACUUUCAAAUAUGCCUUUUAUACAACUGUUACCUUCUGCGUAUCAAAGCUGCGUCAAUCAAAUUGAUCAAUGCCUGGGGGAGGAGGGGGCUUCAUUUGCAUCAAACUGUUCAUGGAGUGUGAUGCAGAACCUGGGUAUAGCGCCACUAACCUGCUAGCACCAUAAUCACUUCAGCGUGCUCUAGUGAUUAUGAUGCUUACAGUGCCCAUUUUUAAUAGCUGAAAAUUCGUAGCACAGCAUUUUUAUUAAGGGGGUGUCAUUUAUCUCACUAAUUUAACACAAAUUUCGAAUGAAUGUAAUGGGUUAUUAUACAAAUGGGUGUCUAUUAAUGAGUGUGUACACAAAAAGGGAUUACUGGGGGGCGGGGCCUGACCAUGGCGGAGUCUCGUGUUUUCCACGAGCUCCCACAAAAUCCUGACAAAACAAGCGAAAAUCGGCUCACCCAAGCGACACAGCAUUUCCAGACAACUACAUGCCACCCACGAUGGAGGGCACACAGUGGGCUGUCAUUUAACUCGAUUGGGGCCAGAUGAAAUCACGACCGACACUGCGGCCUGGUCUGCAUCGGGUGGGGGAGGCGGCCGCUCCCCUGUCCUGGAGGCACCCUGAAGCUGCUCACCGCACAAGCAAGCCCUGCUACCACGUCCCCCCCCCCUACCCCCCCCCUUGGACCGGCAGGGGUGAUCCCGGUCCACACUGGGGUGGCGACCCUGAGCAGGAUGAGAAGGGGAACACCGCCGAAGACAGUAAACAGAGACCUCCCUAAGAUGACGGACACGUGCUGACAACCCCAGCGACACCUCACAAGACAUCCUCACUCGAAUAAACAAUCACUUCGAGGCAUUCUGGAGUAAGCUGGUGGUUAAGCUAAAUCAACCUGCCUCACCACGAUCACCCACUUCUACAAGGCGAGCAUCACUCACCCACUCCCAUCAAGCGAACCGGCAUCCGCCCAGCGCCCUCACUCACCCAAGCAGGGGCCAAUGCAAAUCUGCCUUCCCGUCCCACUGUCGAUCCAGCAAAGACAGGCUCCGCACAGUCAGUCACAUAUCGCAGCGACACCUAAAGACCCGGAGAGGACCCUGUGGACCUAGACCGGCUCAUGGACUGUGCUACUCGACGGCAGACAGGGCACGGGAGUGCGGAGGACCUCGGAGCAUAAGGCACACGAGCAAGCAGAAGGGUUCCCUGAUGGGACUCACCUCACCUAAGAACGGAACGACACUAGACCGGGAGUGGAGACUGCAAGGCACAGGGCCCAAAAUGGCGGCAACAACGUCCCACGACACAGGGCGCCCCCUGAGCACACGCCGCGACCAAGACCAAGACUCACAAAGGCACCAGAGUGGGACUGUGGUAUAUCUCUUGCGGGGGUUGGCUGACCGGGACUCUUGAUACUACAGAUGAGUCAAUCACCCCAUGCCUCAUAUAGUCUCUAUCUGCAAAUGUUGAAGUUUUAUUGUUUCUCCUUGACAUUUGAUGUUACUCUUAUACUUUUAUGUUAUGCUUUACUAUCAACUGUUUAGGCCACUUCUCCAUGCUAGCGAUGGAGCACACCACACUAAGGACACCGAAAAUGGGGCCCUCCCUCCUAGUGGUAAACUCUCUUCCCCUUAGUUAUGCCCACCAGCUGUCAGUUGCAGCAGGUAUUUUUGUGGCAACCCAAGAGCUGCGCUGGCACCUGAGAACAUAGCAAAUUUUACUAAACUUGAACACACUACCUAACCCACUGUAAUUAUUCAGCAUUAACUAACACUAGCAUAACCAUGUACCAAACAGGUAGCAAAGCCCAACUUUUUCAUAUGUUAGAGGGCUAUGUGUAACAACGUUGAAAUUAACCAUAACUCAACCUACAUAACCCACCAUAGCAGCUUCAGACUUAGCUUGUGUCAGGAUUACUGUUUGAUCCAGCACGUAGAACUGUACAGCACGGAUGACAAAUAAGUAACGUAUUACCGGUCCUUAGAAUGGCCGGAUUUAACGUACAAAGAAUAGUCAAAUAUACUAGCCGAGGUCAGGGAACACAGAAAGGGACACAGCGAUGAGGAAAGCCAGGAGUCAGGAUACCAGAAUAUAGAGAAGUCAAUAAACAAAGCCAAAGUCAAAAACCAGGUAGAAAACUAUAAACAGGAACGCGCUCUCAGACAACCACAAGGGAAACCACGACAGGGCACUGAGCAGGCUGAGAACUGGGCCUAAAUACCCCUCCUUUAGUUCUGAUAGGCUGUAACCGGCCUUUGACCCCAAAGUCAGUUACCAGGUUUCAUUUGCAUAAUUGCUGCUCAGCAUUAACCCUUCUGUGGAUUAGGUUGCUGCUUGGCACAACUUUUCCUGUGUGGACAGUAAAUGUCAUUAAUCACUUUUCUCUAAGCGGAUGAAUAUGUGAUAUUACCCCCCACCGGGCGGACAGGACCAGGCUUGAGAGGAAAUUUAGUGUGAAAAGCACGGAUCUUACGGCCCGCAUGCAGGUCAGGAGCCGAAACCCAAGAACGAUCAGCAGGACUGUAACCUUUCCAAACAACCAAGUACUGUAAAGUGCCCUGAGAAAACCUAGAAUCCACGAUAGAAGAUACCUCAUACUCUUCCUGACCACCCACCACCACCGGAGGGGGAGGAACACAAGGAACAGUAUAUCUAUUGCAGACAAGAGGUUUGAGUAAGGACACAUGAAAAGUGUUGGGAAUCCCUAAAGAUGCAGGAAGAGCCAGAGAGUAAGACACUGGAUUGAUCCUACGAAGCACUCUAUAGGGACCAAGGAAUCUGGGGGCAAACUUCAUGCUAGGGAACCUUAAGCUUGAUGUUGCGAGAUGACAACCAAACCCGGUCCCCCACUUGGUACACCGGGUUGGCACUCCUACGCUUAUCAGCAAAAUGUUUGAAGCGUUCAGCAGCAGCCCCUAGAGCAGUUUGAACCUUAACCCAGGUAUCCCGAAUGGAGGCCAGACGCUCAUCCAGAGCAGGAAUGGCAGUAUCAGAAAAUACCACAGGGAGAACCGUAGGAUGCCUACCAUUAUUGACAAAAAAUGGACUGUGCCCAGAGGAGUCAUGAACAGCAUUGUUUCUAGCGAACUCGGCCCACGGGAGUAGUUCGGACCAAUUGUCUUGUGUGCUAUUAAUAAAACAACGCAAAUAAACUUCUAAUGACUGGUUAGCCCUCUCAGCUGUACCAUUGGUCUGUGGAUAGUAGGAGGAGGAGAAGGAGAGAUCAAUCCCCAAUUGUUUACUGAACGCCCUCCAGAACCUGGACACAAACUGAGAGCCCCUAUCAGACACAAUAUUGUGGGGGAUGCCAUGCAAACGGACAAUUUCACGUAUGAAAAUUAGGACCAAAUCUUGCGAAGAUGGCAACUUCUUGAGAGGAAUGAAGUGAGCCAUCUUAGAAAAUCGGUCUACAACCAUGAGAAUAGUAGUGAACCCAGCAGAGCUAGGAAGCUCAACAAUAAAGUCCAUGGAUAGGUGGGACCAUGGAAUCUCAGGAACAGGAAGAGGCUGCAACAGGCCACAAGGAAGUGCAUGAGUCACCUUAGAAACUGCACACACAGAACAUGCCUGCACAUACUCCUUUACAUCUUUCCUGAGUGAAUCCCACCAAAAUGAUCUAGUGAUCGCGGCAGUGGACUUAUUGAUGCCCGGGUGUCCAGCAGUUAUAUUGUCAUGGAACACUUUCAUGAUAUUAACCCUUUCACAUAGGGGAACGAACAGUUUAUCACAUGGUUUACCACUGGGCGCCUGAGGCUGGGCCUCCAGUAUGGUGCCAAGCAGUGGAGAGGACAGUAGUAGCAAUAAUACACUCUGCUGGAAUAAUAGGAGAUGUCAUCUGUUCCGGAGCUGACUCAUUAUCAAAUUGCCUGGACAAGGCAUCAGCCUUGGUAUUUUUAGAACCAGGUCUAUAAGUAAUGAGAAAGUUAAAACGUGAAAGGAACAGUGACCAUCUAGCCUGUCUGGAAGACAAACGUUUGGCAUCCCCUAUAUAUGCCAGAUUUUUGUGGUCGGUUAUGAUCAACAGGGGGUCCUUGGAACCCUCCAAAAGAUGUCGCCACUCCUUGAGGGCAAGAAUAAUGGCCAACAGUUCUCUAUUGCCAAUAUCAUAGUUGCGCUCAGCAGGAGACAUCUUUCUGGAGAAGUAGCCACAAGGAUGCAAUGGUGUUCCCUGGCUUUCUCUCUGAGAGAGAACAGCCCCUACCCCUGUCUCGGAUGCAUCAACCUCCAAUAUAAAAGGUUUACUGGUGUCAGGAUGUUUUAGUAUGUCCGCAGAGGCAAAUCUUUGUUUAAGAGUCUCAAAAGCAUUCACAGCCUCUUUGGACCAUACCGUGCUACUAACCCCUUUGCGAGUCAUAUUUGUGAUUGGGGCUAUUACAGAAGAAAAUCCCUUGAUGAAUCUUCUGUAAUAGUUGGCAAAACCAAUAAACCUUUGAAUGGCUUUUAAACCAGAGGGUAAUGGCCAGUGUAGUACAGCCUCUAGUUUUUUAGGAUCCAUUUGAAAUCCCGAUGCAGAGAUGUUGUAACCCAAAAAGUGGACUUCAGGCUGGUCAAAUAUGCACUUUUCUAAUUUACAAUAAAGUUUAUUUUUCAACAACGUCUGCAGAACCUGUUUCACAUGGGAGUGGUGAGUUUGAAGAUCAGGGGAAUACACCAAAAUAUCGUCCAAAUAAACCAAGACAAAUGAGUAAAUGAAUUCCCUGAGUACAUCAUUUAUAAAGUCUUGGAAUACGGCCGGGGCGUUGCAUAACCCAAAUGGCAUUACCAGAUAUUCAUAGUGUCCACUACGGGUAUUAAAUGCCGUCUUCCACUCAUGAUUCUCUUUAAUUCUAACCAAAUUGUAAGCGCUCCUAAGGUCAAGCUUAGUAAAUACUUUAGCUCCCUGAAGUCUAUCGAACAAUUCGGAAAUGAGUGGAAUAGGGUAUGCAUUUUUUACAGUGAUUUUAUUAAGUGCCCUGUAGUCUAUGCAAGGGCGUAACUCUUCCACAACGGAUUAGCCCAGGCAAGGGCCUUGCCCUUUAAUUGAUUCAUUAGAUAACCAAUUCUUGCUCUGUCCGUGGGGAAUGACCCUGGUGAGGCCUCAAAAUGGUACUCCACCUGAUUAAGAAAACCCCUGCAUUCCUGGAUAUUGCCAUCAAACUGUAGGGAUGGUGAUAAGGAGAUGCAAGGAGUCCUAUUAACAGUGGGUGGAGGUGCACAGGGUAGAGGUGCUAUAGGAAGAGACGCUGCAGGUUGCAGAUGCUCCGUUCUAGCGAGAAGCGUACUUAAAGCCUGAGUGAAUUGAUCCAUGCGGUGAUCAUUCUCCUCUAAUUUCCUCUCGCAAGCAGCUAUGUGCUGACAUAGUUCUACAGGAUCUAUGGCCAUGUCGUAAUGUCAGGAUUACUGUUUGAUCCAGCACGUAGAACUGUACAGCACGGAUGACAAAUAAGUAACGUAUUACCGGUCCUUAGAAUGGCCGGAUUUAACGUACAAAGAAUAGUCAAAUAUACUAGCCGAGGUCAGGGAACACAGAAAGGGACACAGCGAUGAGGAAAGCCACGAGUCAGGAUACCAGAAUAUAGAGAAGUCAAUAAACAAAGCCAAAGUCAAAAACCAGGUAGAAAACUAUAAACAGGAACGCGCUCUCAGACAACCACAAGGGAAACCACGACAGGGCACUGAGCAGGCUGAGAACUGGGCCUAAAUACCCCUCCGUUAGUUCUGAUAGGCUGUAACCGGCCUUUGACCCCAAAGUCAGUUACCAGGUUUCAUUUGCAUAAUUGCUGCUCAGCAUUAACCCUUCUGUGGAUUAGGUUGCUGCUCGGCACAACUUUUCCUGUGUGGACAGUAAAUGUCAUUAACCACAUUUCUAUAAGCGGAUGAAUAUGUGACAGCUUGUUCCUAUACUCAUGUAUAAACUCAUAAAAUGUGCAACGUUAAUAAGCCAUACAACUGUUUUUCUAUGUCUAGCCUGCACUGGCUGUUGUGUCUAUGCAAGCAUACAUGUAUACUAUAUGCACUACUAAAAUAAAGAAUAAAAAAAUAAAUAAAUAAAAAAUUACUAAUUGAAAUUUGACAUAGCUAACCUACAGCAUGCCCUGUCUCGUACCAGUAAUGCCUCUUUAAUGAGGACAGCACCGUAGGUUCCCUAAACUAAAGUAUUCAAGUGACCUUUCAUCCCAUUACCAUAAUGUCAUACACAUGUCACUUGCACUGUUGCUCCAUAUAACUCUGACUUUUAACAUACCCACACGUUCAGGUCGGCAGCUGUUCCUGUAGUCCGUGGCUGCUUGUUUUGAAAUCAUCCCUGUUUUGUGAACAGACUUUUCUGCUCUAAAAACGCACGUAGAUGGUGUAUGUAAUGCUCUGGAUGAAAGAUGGCCUAAGAUAUGGCAAUGUGUUUAUUAAUGUUAACAGAACGCAGCCGCUGUUCUCAAUACCUUUGCCUGGUGUAGAUCUAGAACACCAUUUUCAAAUGUAUCUUUGUUGCUUACCAACAUGGAAAAAUCUUGUGUGCAGAAUGCAGACAUGCGGUGUUUAAAAUUGUAUUACAUAGCACAUACCUCAAAAUUUGGAAUUCUAUGUUUACAUCAGUGUUCAUUUUGGCGGCAACUUUCGAUUUAGUUUUAGUCAUGGUAUUUUGACUAAAAAGCCAUUCUUGUUUUAGUCGUCUAAUUCUCCAGUAUAUUUUAGUUGAAACGACUAAAAUCUAACGAGUUUAGUUAAAGCCUCUAUCUGCCUCUAUCUACCUCUGUUGUCCCUUCCCCAGCCCCUCUGUCUCUCUUUGUCCUCCCAAGCUAUAGUCUGUCUCAUUGCCCAUCUGUGCAGUGUUAAUUUUGGCAGCAAAUGUCAACUUGGUUUUAGUCAUAGUCUUUUGACUAAAAAGCCAUUUUAAUUUUAGUCAUAUUUUAGACUAAAUCUAAAUUGUUUUAGUUGCCUAAAUCAAAUUUUUUUUAGUAGUCUAAAAUUGUUAGUCGAUAAAAUUUACACUGGUUUACAUCCAGGUCUAAGGAAUUACUCUGAACAUCUGGUAUCUGUUUACCUAACACAACUAAAUUAUAUUUUCCACGAUCUCUCCCUUUGAUAGGAAAUUUGGCGUUGAGAGAAAAACUGUUUUAAAAAAAAUGUAAUUUAAAAUUGCUUCCUGAUCACUCUGACAUUUUAAAUAACCGGUGGAUAUGAUCCUUUUAUGAAUACACUCUCACAAUAUAUGUAGUAAUUUUUGUAGGAACGUUUAGUACUUAACAGAUUAAACCUCUCCGUAGAGAUCUUAGAAAUCUUUUGGUCAGCUCCCUUCACUCCGACACAGGGCCACUUGAAAGAAAGCUCAGUUUUUACAGAUUUAGCCAAGAGGGAGAUUCCUCAUGCACUCUCCAAAAUAUGUCAAAACAGAGCUUUCAGUUUUCUUUCAUGCAUCACUGUGUCGGAGUGAAGGGAGCUGACCAGAAGAUUCCUAAGACUUCUACAGAGCGGGUUAAACUGAUCAUGCACCAGUAUUUAAUUUUCAGAAUGCCUGUGAUUGCAAGUGAAGAGGAGCAUGGAGCAUGGAGCAUGGAGUUUGGGGUUUGAAAGCACGGUUCAGCCAGGCAUCUUGCUUUUCACCCGAAGUCCUCACAGGCAGCAGGGAGACCAUUUAAAACUCGCAAAGACCUAAUUUCCAAUAUGUAAUUUUGGGAGGCAAGUGGAAAUUUUGACAUCUGACAUAGCAGAUUUUUAAUGUAUCUCUUAUAUUACAUGAUUAUUUUAAUAUUAAAUGAAUUUUUAAGGUUGUGGUUAUGUAGGGAUAAAAGAAAGGACUUUACAAUCAGAGCAGCACUGGGAUACACAUUUACCAGUCUGACAGAGAUUAGUGGGUGUUGCCACUCCAGGCAGCAGCUAUUUCAGUGCAACUCCCACUCAUUUCUGGCUGACUGGUAAAAAUGUGUGUUUCACAGCUGCCAGAGUUAAAACUCCACGGGUGCAAUUAGUAGAUUAAACGCUCACUGCAGGAAAUAAUGGCAUGGGUGACAAUAUACAGAGAUAAUCACUUUAUAUGUGUAUUUCUCUUUUAGUUAAAGGAACACUAUAGGCACCGACACCAUUUCAUCUCACUGGUCUGGGUGCAGUGUUCCAGUCCCCUUAACCCUGCAAGUGAAGAAAAUGCAGUUUCAGGGUCUUCAAAAUCUUCAUAUAAAAGCAUUGAUUCAGUGGCUUCGAUGGGGAAGAUGUAAAUUGUAUGCCGUGCUAGUCGCAAUUGCACAUUAGGUCCUCCAUCAGCAUCAUGUCAAGGAAGGAGGAGUUCGAGCCAGAGUGAGUGGAAAAAACCCUAAUAAGUUAGGUGACGGGGGCUUACUAUAGCAUGAGGAAUACAGUUUUGUAUUCCUAACGCUAUAGUGUUCUGUUAAUGUUUAGUGUGUGUAUAUGUGUCACAAGGGGGAAUUACAUAUACGUUAUAUCUCUUUGAUAGAACACUUGUAGCCUAUCCAUCUAGUUCUCAAAUGGUUAUCACGUGCCGUUGGUGGCUGACAAAGUGCUAGUCUUGUCUUCCUGUCAUCUUUGAUUCACUGCUUGCACUGUGCUCAUGUUUACAGUUUACAUUAACCUCUCAAAAGGUUGAAAUAGCUGCCAUUGUUUUGGAAUGGUAUUGUCACUUUACUUGAGUUGAGCCCUCGGGGCAAGGCGGUGCCCUGCAACCAUUGACACGCGCCUGAUAUUCCAGUUUCCUAUGUUUAUGUAUCGUGCAACAAGGGGGAUUAGGUUUGGAGCGUUCUAACCAAGAUAACAAGCGUUUCUAAGGUCAAGGUAUUGACAUGAGAGGCAUUUAUGAACAAAGAUAUAGCAGUUGGUCCCUGUAAGGCAUGGUUGUCAGCUGUUCUGUGAGCCUGCAUAAAUAGUAUCAUGUCCACUUUAAUCUCUUGGGUACUGUGAGGUACUCUGCAUAUUUCUUUUUAACUAGUCAGCCAUUGCCGUAGUCUCACCCUCCAAAAAUGUCUUCCCCCAAGUUUGUCCUCCACUGCAGAUUGUUUAAUGUACAGCUUGGUGGGUUAAAAGGAAAACUCUAAUAGCCAAAACUACAACAGUUUGACUUCUUAGUCAGAAGGUCAAGACUGCCACUAGAGGCAAUCUUAACCAUACAAUGCAAACAUUGCUCUUUUUCUGAAACUGUAACGUUUUACAUUCCAGGGUUAAGUGGACAGGGACACUGCACCCAGACCACUCCAAUAAGAUGAAGUGGUCUGGGUGCCCAUAGUGUUCUUUUAAAUAUACAUGAACUGUUGUGUAAUUAUUUUUUUUUAUUUAUUUUUUUUAACGCUUUUAAUCUAUUUGAUGGCCUCUUAAGACAGAACUUACAUGUUAUCCAUGUGAUCUGUUUAAUGCUGAUUGUACUUUAAUUGAGAAUCCUAUCAGAGAUUAUAGCUAUAUAAAUUAAACAGGCGUUGAAAGAGGCAGCAAGCUUCCUGCUGCUGUUUUAUGGCGAUUCAUGCCAACAUCAUGCCCUGCGUGCUAACAAGGCCUGCAUAACACCUCGCUUGCCAGGAGAUUUAUUUGCAGUUCAGUGGAAGAUAUUCCCAAUACAAGACAGGCAACUGUAGGAGGCUGAGGGUAAUUGUAGUCAAAAUUCACAUUCUACUGGGCUGUAAUUGUCUUGCCAUUUCCAAAGGUCUCCUUUUAUAUAAACAAAUCUUGCAGAAAUCCGUGGAAUAUCUGAUUUAUGUAUUUUUAAACACGGUAAUUUGGUUUUGUACAUCUGUCUCCCACAUCUUGUUCCCUUCUUUCUAUCAAUCUCAUCUCUUCAGACAAUACAUUCCAAUCGCAAAUCCGUUGAUGGGCCACUCUGAAAGUUAAUUGACGUCACCAUGUGUUAAACACUGUAGCACUGAAUUAAACUCUGAGAAUCAUUUCACAGGUUUCUUUAGAGUUAUACAGAAGCAAUGCACAUGAGCAAUAGGUCUGGUAGAGAUCUCAUCUGUCUUUGUGUAGGUGUGUAUUUAACCAUCAUAUUCCUGUUAACUGUCUUAAAGGGACAUUCGGAGCUGGAGUUGGUGGAUUUGUUCUUAGACAUUAUAUAAUGUGCAUAGUAUGUUAACAAAGAUUAUAAAAAAAUAUACCUUAAAAUAACAAAAGUAUAAAAAGGUAACUAGGCUCUGUAGUUUCUUCAAUGAACUCUGACCAGAUCAGGAAGUCCAUUAUUUUGUUAGUGCUUUAUUGGGUGCACAAAGGCAUUCUGGGACUUACAUUAGAAAGCUAACAGAUGAACUGUAAUUCCCAUAAGUCUCUUACUGGAGCAAAAACAGACAGAAAAUUGACUGUUGUGAUAGAGGGACAGAAAGGAAAGGCAUAUGGAACACGAUUGUUAUUUCUUUUAAUUUUUUUGUUCUGAUAAUUAUAAAAGAGGGUUAAAGCAAAAAACGAACUGUAAUGUAACACACAUUGUACCUAAUUGUACCAUGUGGGUGCCUGGAAUGUAUUCUUUAACUUUUCAUUGCAGGAGAUCUUGGCUUGGAUCUGAUUUUAUGUCUGUAUUUAAUUUCCCCCCCCGUCCCCCCCUUGUCUCCUACAGCAAACCUUGGCGUGUUCCAUUCUGACAGCGCUUCUAAUAGAGUUUUCCAGUUCAAGUAAAACCAGUAACAUUGGCCUUAGCAUGGAGUUUCAUGGCAACUGUAAAAGAAUAUUUCAGGUAAGGGGUAUUAGAGAUGCAGCUAAUCAGUAAAGUAUUCAGAUUUGUUAAAUAGUUAUUUUGGUUGAGAGACUGUACUUUGUGUCUGACAGUGUAAAGCAUUGCCUUUUUUAGAGAAAAAAGGCAAUGCUUUAAAGUUUACAUUUCGCCUAAACCACACCACUGGAGGUGCAUCCUCAUUCUGAAGCUGUUAAUGCAAUGUUGGAUUGGAUUCUUCCCUAUAAAAAAAAUUUGCGUUUUUUAUGCACCAUGGUUCCUCUUUGAUUCUCUAUUGCAGGGUGGCAUGUGGGUGUACAGUGCAGACGGCGAGGGAGCAGUGAUCUUCCUGCUCAGCUCCCUCGCACGCCUCUUAGUGAUGCUGGGGCCGGAGUGACAUCAUGUUCCGCCUCUGGCACCACUGUGGUGCGAGGGAGCUGAGCAGGGGAGAGUGCAUCCUCACUACCCCACCUCAAUUAUUAGCGGCACCCGACCGGGCCAAAUUGCGGCGGCCAUUUUUUAAAUUUAUUUUUUAAUGCUUUAAAGUGAGAGUACACUGAGGGACUCCAGGGCCCAUAACAGGGUUACUGCAGCCUGCAUGGCCAUUUCUACUUUUAGUAGUGUUUAUGGUGGUAGGAAUUUGUUUGCAAUUUUCUGCUUGAAAAGCUGUACAAAGAAAGAUAUUUGCACUUUUGUGCUGGGGUCUAGUUACCCCCUGGCACACGUGACUUAGGUAGUGCAGACUCUGUUUCAGGCGGUCUAAUGUGAAAUCUGUGCAGAAAUGUCUGUCAUCAGCGUGCACUGCAUGUAGUGAAUUUCUACUCUUAUCGGAGUUGACUUCAGGUUUUUAUUACAGGUUUCAGAGUUAAAUAAAAAAGGAAGGAUGGACGAAGCUAAUAGUGCCCAAUAGGGCAGUAUAAAUAAAAAAAAUAGUGAAGUGUUGUAGUGCGCAGCAAUGUUCAAUGACACUUCAUGUAUGGGGCGAAAAACUUGUACUAUGAUCAAUUUUGUUGGUAAAAUUCACAGUGCACUAUAGAUUAUGCAUAACAGUUGAUGGUCAUUUUAAUGUUAAAAAUAUUCUUUACUACCUUUAAUCAAACUUGUUCAAUCCAGUUUGAAUGGGGAGUCACUGAUUGGACGAGAUAGUCAGCUAACUGUUCUCAACCAAUCAGUGGUGCCCAUGCCUGGUGGCACUCCGCGCUUCCUGAAGCUGAAAUUUUAGAAACCAGAUGCCACCUGGGGGAAGUGGACAACACCAUUGGAUGCAACUUUGGGUUUCAACUGUUCGAGAACGGUUUAAUUCCUGAAGGUGAAAGUGCCCUCCGGUACUUAGAAAUUCCACGAUACUUCUCCAUAAAAAGGUUGAGAAACACUGGUAUAGAUAACAUUUAUUGUAUCCAUUAGAGAAUUCACCAUCAAGACUAUAAUUUAAAGGGUCACUAUAGUAACCAGAACAACAACAGCUUAUUGAAUUUGUUCUGGUAAGGCAGUAAACACUGCCUUUUCAGAGAAAAUCCAGUGUUUUCAUUACAGCCUAGGGAUGCCUCCACUGGCCACUCUUUAGAUGGCUACUAGAUUUGCUUCCUGUGGCAGUGCUGCACACUGUGUAGCACUGCCAUUCAGUGUCCCCACCCUCUGCGUGGAGAAACUGAACUUACCUCAAAGAGAUGCAUUGGUUCAAUUCAUCUCUAUGAGGAGAUGCUGAUCGGCCUCCUUGGCUGCUGAUAUCAGAAGUAGUCAUCUCAGCCAAUCACAAUGCUUUGCUAUAGGAAAGAGUUGGAUUGGCUCAGAUUGUCAAGGAGACAGAUCAGGGGCAGAGCCAGCACAGGCCAAACAUAGCCCUUGCCUGUGCUGGCUCUGCCCCUGAUCUGUCUCCUUGACAAUCUGAGCCAAUCCAACUCUUUUUCCUAUAGGAAAGCAUUGUGAUUGGCUGAGAUGACUACUUCUGAUAUCAGCAGUCAAGGAGGCCGAUCAGGGGCAGAGCCAGCACCAGCAAAUUGGAAUAAAGGUAGGAUUUUACUAUAUGGUGGUAAGGGGUACCAGCAUGGCAAUAUGGUGUGUUUUUUUUUUUUUAACACAAAAGGGUCUGGAAUACCUAUUUGUUUUAACAACCCCACUCACUCUCCCUAACUACCCUGCAUUCCCACAAUGAACAUCUGCAAUCCCAGCAUUGACUUUCCCCUCAACUGUGCCCCUUCAUUCACAAAUACGCUAAGCCUCCUCUCAAACACACAGUCUCCACGCAGAAAAGUCCAUGCAUUCACAGACUGGCCCUCCACUCUUUGGGUACGCAAAAUGGUGUUCGUACACACUUGUGAUUUAAGACUUGACUGAUGGCUCUAUACUUAAAUAUGUAAACCUUGUAUUUAUAAUGCUUCAAGUCUUUCUUUGGAAAAAGUUGGCAAAACAAUGAUUGAUACAUGUAAUUGGGUUAUAUGUUGGCUUUAUUGAGGCAUGCCGUUUCAAAAACCUGUCUGUCUGCACAGUCCUUCCUUGUGUCUUUUACUUGACAUCUGAUCUUUGUGUUGUCAGAAUGCUAUUUCCACUGGUGUGGCACUGCUUUGCUACUCAGAGAGCCCAACACAUUCUGUCUAACAAUGUCUGCCCUAAAAUAUCUUUGGCCACACGCCACUGCUAUCUAUUUAGGAGGUUUUGUUACAGAUGGUCUGUUUGUUCUGAAUGUAUUGUUCGGUUGUCGAAGGACCUUUCUAUGUGCAGCUUCAUUACUGUAAUUACUGUAGAUGGAGGUUCUUUCAGACCGCAGGACCUUCUAAUCCUGUUAAGUAGGUUAACAAUGUGUUGUUAAAUAGACAUGAAGCAAAAA